AUGGUUCCUAUAUUCUGUUAUGCAAGAGGGACAAUUUUGCUUUUUCUGAUAGUUCCUCUUGCACGCACUCACUUUGUGUCUUUUGAUUAUCCUAUGUUUAGUCACGAUUGUAAAGAGCCGCCAGAGCUUGAUGGAGAUGCCAAUAUUGAAGAUUCUAACAAUCUUAUUCGGCUAACUGGAUACCCUGAUGACCCAGAUAAGGCUUCUGGCGUCGGUCGAGUCACAAUUCCCAAACUUAUCAAACUUUAUGACACAAGUGCAAAUCAAGUAUAUGAUUUUACUACCAAGUUUUCCUUUACUAUAUUUUCAAAUCACAGUAUUUAUGGAGAUGGUUUGGCAUUCUUCCUUGCAAGUUCAUAUCUUCCAAAAGCAAAUCAUGUAGGUAAUGGAGGGGGCUUUGGUCUUGUACCUACAAGCAAAGUUUCUUUAAACUCAACUGAGUAUUCAUUUGUGUCAGUGGAGUUCGACACGUACCAAAAUUAUUGGGACCCAGGGGUCAACCAUGUGGGGGUGAAUAUCAAUUCUGUGGUGUCCGAUACAUAUAUUAAAUGGUCUGCAGAUGUUUCAGAAAGGAUAGUUUAUAAUUGUAGCAUUGAAUACAGUUCCAAAAAUAAUAAUCUGAACGUGUCUAUCACUGGAUACAGAUUGAAUGAAGAGCGAGAGCUACAAACCUUUUCACACAUCAUUGAUCUAAAAGAGCACUUACCAGAGUAUGUUAUUGUUGGCAUAUCAGCUUCAACAGGAACUGUAGAUGAGGAGCAUAUGCUGCUGUCGUGGUCUUUUAGUACAAGCCAACCAGAUUAUGAUUCUUAUGAAGAUGAUCCUGAGAAAAAAAUAAACUUAACCAAGGCUAAAUUCUUGGAGGGAUUGGGAGUAGGUUUUGGGUGUUUGAGUUUAAUAGCAAUGUUAAUCAUUUUAUUGUGGAAGAAGAAUAAUGGAAAAGGAGAAGACCUUACUUCAGAAACCAAGUCUGAUCUGGAUAUGGAUGAUGAAUUCCAAACAGGUGCUGGACCUAAGAAGAUGAGUUAUUAUGAGUUGAUGAAUGCAACAAACAACUUUGAAGAGACACAAAAACUUGGCCAAGGUGGUUUUGGUGGUGUUUACAAGGGUUAUUUUAAAGAUUCAAACUCAUUUGCAGCUAUAAAGAGGAUAUCAGCAGAUUCAAGACAGGGUAUAAAGCAAUACUCAGCAGAAGUGAAGAUCAUCAGUCAAUUGAGGCAUAGAAAUUUGGUGAAACUCAAUGGUUGGUGCCACAAGAAGAACGAACUUAUCCUAAUAUACGAAUACAUGCCUAAUGGUAGUUUAGAUUUUCAUCUUUUUCGAGGAGGAAGCAUUUUGUCGUGGAAGUUGAGGUAUAACAUAGCUCUUGGGUUGGCCUCAGCAUUGCUUUAUUUACAGGAAGAAUGGGAAAAAUGUGUGAUUCAUAGGGACAUAAAAUCAAGCAACAUAAUGUUGGACUCCAACUUCAACACUAAGCUUGGGGAUUUCGGUCUAGCUAGACUUAUGGAUCAUGAAAAAGGGUCAGAAACCACAGUUGUGGCUGGAACCAGGGGUUACCUAGCACCUGAAUACUUGGACACAGGCAAAGCUAGAAAGGAAUCUGACAUAUUCAGUUUUGGGGUUGUUUUAUUGGAAAUAGCCUGUGGAAAAAAAGCCAUACACCACCAAGAACUAGAGGGCGAAGUUUCAUUAGUUGAAUGGGUUUGGGAGCUAUAUGGAUUGAGAAAUCUAACUGUAGCAGUAGAUCCAAAGCUAUGUGGGGUUUAUGAUGUGAAGCAAUUAGAAUGUUUGCUAGUAGUUGGACUUUGGUGUGCUAAUCCAGAUAACACAUCAAGACCAUCUAUAAAGAAAGUGAUUAAGGUACUAAACUUUGAAGCUCCAUUACCUAUUCUUCCACAAAAUAUGCCAUUCCUAGCUUCUCUGUCUCCCACAACAAAUGAUCAAUUUUUCUCAGUCCCUUCUUUCUUUAGAUCUACAGGCUAG